AUGUCCGUGGCGAAGGUGGCGAGCAGCGUGGGGAUGGCCGGCCUGGCGCUGGCCGGGGGUGAUCAGGCGCUGCUGCGCAAGGCGGCCACCACGGCGGUCGACCCCGUGGAGGGGGGGAUCGCCAGCAGGCUGACGGCGGCCCUGAUGGCGCUGCAGAAGCCCGCCGCCGUGCCGAAGAACUUCUUCAGGUCGCUGAUGGAGGACGGCCCUGGCGCGAAGGGGAAGAUGCUGGCCGUGGGGGGCCACAGAGGGAUGGGCGAGAAUCUAAUGAACGAUAAUGAGCCGCUGGUGCUCCCGCCCCUGUGGCGGGAGAACACCCUCAAGUCGUUCGCCAAGGCGGGCGAGCACGGCGCCAUAUUCUGCGAAUUCGAUGUCCAAGUCACCAAAGACGGCGUGCCGGUUGUCUGGCAUGACGACACCAUCACAUUCGGCUCCCAAUCGCACCCCAUCACGUGUGCCAUCAGGGAUCUGGAAUUCAAGGAGUUCCAGGCCCUGGGGCCCAGGCCCACGGACAACAACGGCACCCUCAGGGAGCUCAUACCGCUGCAGAGGCUGUUCCGGAGCAGGGCGACGGGACAGAAGGCCGCCGGCGUCAACCUGUGGCGGUGCUUCGAUGAGGACGAGCUGCCCUCCCUGGCCGACGUCUUGUGCCAGACGUCGGGGGACAUGGGUCUCAACAUUGAGGUGAAGAUGACGACAAAACCCGACGUCGAGCGGACGCCGCAAGAAGAGGUUGACUUCGUCGUCAGCGCGACGCUGGACACAAUCAGCCGCUGCGUGGCCUCGAAUCCACCGCGCUCGGGGCCCGUGGUGAUGUCCUCGUUCGAUCCUGACGUUUGUGCGGCACUGAGGGAGCGACAGACGGUGUACCCUGUCUUCUUCCUCUCCUGUGGCGGGCAGGAGGCCCACGUGGACCCCCGCCGCACGAGUGUGGAGGCCGCCGUGGAGUUCGCCCUUGCUCGCGACUUGGUUGGAAUUUCAGUCGAGACGGCGGUGCUGAAGCGCGAGCAGCACCUGGUGGAGAUGGCCACCUCACGCAGCCUAAAGGUGAUGACGUACGGCCUGGGGAACAACGACACGGAGUGGAUUAUCAGGCAAUCCGAGCUGGGCGUGCACGCUGCCAUAGUGGACGACGUGGCGGGCGUCCUGUCUCAAAUCGCGGCAUCCAAUGCCGCGGCAUCAUUAUGA